GACACCCCUGCGGUCACAGUGAAAAAUCAAACCCAACGGGAGCAAGAUGGCUGCACACUCGGGAGGAAUCGAUUGGGCGAAAAUUUUGCCCCUUUUGAGCAAUUCAAGUGAAAAUGUUAGCAAAUCCGACACGCAAAAUCUGGUGAAGACCAUCAUCCAAAGCGAAAAUGAAAUCUUGGAUCACGAUGCGGCCCACAAGCAGUUUUUCGACAGUUUUGUCGUGCUGGCGGCCGAAUAUCUCACCAACCAAGUCACGACACUAUCGCAGACCCAGCUGCCGCAGUUUUCCGAAGCUGCGACGGUCCUCAUCCGGUACAUUCUGCAGCAGCACCAGGACGUGCAGGCUCCGAACAAGCCGAGCAUUCUGCUGAUGGCCCUCAAAGUGCUGUGCGAAGGGCGCAAAGAUUCCGGCGAGAAUGGCACCGGAACCGGUUCCGGAUCGUCGAUAAUUUCCGCGUCCAGCAUGAAGUACCUCAAGUAUCCGGAAGCGCAUGGCAAAUCUUCGUGCGGUGGCAGCUCGUCUUCCGGUGUGGGUGUCAGCUCCGGUGGUAGUGGCUCGGAGAAGGACAGUCCCAAGAGUGAGAUGAAACGCUCGCGCUCAGAUCUGUCCACCGUCAUUCUGCAACAGCUGACGACCCCGUUGGGGGCCGGCGCGUUUACGUUCGCCACGUUGAGUGAGGAGCAAAUUGAUUGCACCGACAUGUUCGUCAAGUCCAACAUCCAGUGCCUGCAGGCGACCAACGGAGGCGACACGCUGUACAAGUGGUGCUGCAACUCGCUGGCCACUCUGGCGAAAUAUCGCGCCAAGUACGAAGAGUGCACCAUCCAAGGCAAACCACUCUACUUACCGAUUACGACCACGGAGGCGAGCGCCGUCAAGGCGAACCUCCCGCAAAUUGAGUCCGACAUUUCGAACCUGCUGCUGGCGGUGUCCAUGCCCGUGUUAGACCUUUGCCCUUCGAAGAUUGCGCUGCUCUCGCAGUGCGCCAUGUCCGCGCUGUACUGUGGCGUGCUGACUUCAACCGCCGUGAGCGUCCUGACGAUGGCCGCAAGUGGAUCGCAGAAGAGUGCAUCGUCAUCGCAACUGCAACAGAAGGAGCAACAACAGCCGGGAAACACUCCGUCGCAGAAGGAAGCUGACGACGAAGACGACCUGGCCCGGAUCGUUGUUGAUCGAGCGUUGGAAAUUUUCACAAAGAUUGGAAGCAUUUUGAAGAGUUCGACGCGAACCCACAUCUACCAGAACCACGUCUGCAUGGGCGCGUGGCUGCUCAUCUCCGGCAUCCAAGGGACGAUGGGAGCUUCGGGCAACCCGGGCGGAGGUUCCGUGCAGACAACGGCUUCGGUCAAAACGUCCGAGGAGAGUCUCAAGGGUAGAAGCCCGUUGAAAACGUUGGACGUACCGCAGAUGGCGUCUGCCGCACCGACUCCGGCGCUCAGAGUGAACCUGUUCAAGGUUCAGCAAGGCUUCGGCGUUCUAAACGCGGCCAUCGCCCGGCACAGCAUCACGCUGCUUACGGAACUGAUCGACGAUUUGAAGAUUGACUCUCGUACCGACGACGAAGAGUACAGCAGCAUCGAGUCGGCCGGUUUCGAUAUCCUGGGACAGUAUUCCUCAAUCCAACGCGUUGUUCGUGUACUCAACAGUGCUACGUUGCAACAGCUGAUGACCUUCCUGGCUACGGUGUCCUACCGGAAGGCAUGCACUCUGCGCAGAAUCAACACGAAAACCACCAACGAAGGCGAACCGAUGAGCUACAGCGAUUCCACGACCUACUACAACGACACCUUUUCCUGCUCGGAAGGAAGUGAACCCGAAGAGGAGGACAGCGACAGCUAUUUGGGCCUCUGGUUCAAGGAGACUCUUUCCCCAGAGGCGAACGAGGAGAUGACGGAGUCCCAGGAGCAGGAGAAAAAGGAGGAAAAACGGCACGGCAGCAACCUGGUUCCGGCCAAGGAUGAACCGCACGAGUAUCUCAACUUGAGCUCGCUGAUUUUCAACUUUUUCGACGUUUCCCUCGGGGGUCAACACAUCUAUCUGAACCGUUACGUACGCACCGGACUUAGCGAGCAGCAAAUGGUUCUACUCGCUAAUAUUCUCCGCGACUUGGACCGUGACUCGGCGCGUGGCGAACCCGAAAACUCCGGUUGUCUUCAGUGGCAAAACGCGAUGGUAAAGUUCUCCGGUUCCGUCGGUCGUUACCUGCACAAUCUGAUCUCCAACUCGCUGCUAAACGAGUCGCUGCAAUCGGCACUGCUGCUUCAUCUGGGCGUUUCACCGUGGACCCAAGAUUCCAACAUCUGGCCACUGCAGGUGUAUUCCCGAACGCUAGCCGUACUCGUGCAAAUCUUGCUGCUGAAACCAUCGCAAGAAAAGGAAGCGGCCUGCCUUUCGGUUUGGCACCGCCUGGUGAACACACUCGUCGAAGGCGUCUGCUCCAACCCAACCAUCCCGAACGAAACAGAAAUCGAAGACCUCAACGUGGAACAUGCCCAGCUGCUGCUCUUCCUGUUCCAUUCGCUCAACCUCAUGCAGAAGAAGUCGAUCCUGCUGCUGACCGCCGGCGGAGUGAUUCGUUGCUCGGAAGUGUGCCGUUCGGUCACUCCGGAAAAGCCACUUCGUGACCACCAGAUCAUGCUCCUUUCGAGACUGCUUCUGUUCCUCGAGUAUCUCAUGAAGCACCUGUACAACCCGCCGAACGUGCUGCUCGAGCAGGUUCGCUGGAAUCUGUUUAGCGUGUUCACGCUCGACUCGGAACAGAAAAUUUCCGAUCUCAUCAACUACAAGACCAAAAUGAUGUCGUUCUGCCGCAAGGACAUCGAGGACAAGCACAAGAAGCUGGCCAACGAGUUCAGCGUGGGCGGAGUGAAGCCCAAGUUCUACUCGCUCACAACCGUCGACGCAAAGAUCCAGCAAGAGUUCAAGCUGGACGGGCUGGCGUGGAACUUUAUCCUGUGCACACCGGACAAACUCAAGUAUCCGUGGCUGAUUGACGCGUUGAUCGACAUUCUCAGCAUUACGGACAUGUGCCUGGCCAAGAUUCCGUACCAGACGCUUUGCGCCGUUCACUACUGCUUCAGUUUGUGCUGGAAGCUGCUGCUGGGUCUGCCACCGUCGACGCAACACGUCGAGGCACUGAUGCAGGAAAAGGUUCCCAAUCUGCACUCGCUGCUUUGGUCGAUUCGUUGUCUGCAUCCGAUCACCCACUCGCACUACCUGAUCGUUAACAGUCUGGUGAAGCAGGGCAUGUACACCCAGUCGGCGGAAGCGCUCUGGAACCGCCUCACGGAUCACGUCUCAGACGUCAAGUACAGUCUCAAGCUGACGCUGCUCGGUCUGGAAUCAUUCGCCGCCUCGUUCGCGCCCGAUCAACCGCGGCUGUCGAAAAUCAUUCUACUCGACGCGCUCGUCUCCCACCUGUACGCGAUUUGCUGGGCGGAAAAGGAAGGCGUCAACAUCAAGACCAAGUCGAACAGCAGCAGCAGCUCGUCCAGCAGCAGUAGCAGUUCGACCUCGAGUAACAGCAGCUCCACGUCGACCAGUUCGAGCGGAAGCGAUUCCAGCGUGGGAACCGUCGGGCAGACGCAGCUCACCGUAACGCCGGCUGUCGCAAGUACGACUGAGGUCACGGCCGCCGCUACACCUGGCGUUGAGGCCGUCAAGUUGGCCUCGCGGAACGAUUUGACGCGCAGUUUGGUGGUGAAACUGAUGGAAGUGCUGGAUAUUGUGAAGCAAGCCACCUACAAGACCAUGUUCCAGAAUUUGAGUGGUCAGAUUCCGGCCUCGCUGAUCGAACCGCUGAUUGCGAUCUGUGGCUCGAAGAAUACCUUCUGUCAGGAUUUGUCCACCCAACUGAUUGGGCUGAUUACCGGCCAGGACAAGGACUUGAUUUCGGUCGAGUGGCGCAAAAAUCUGUCGAUUCCCAGCGAGGACAACUUUACAAGCGGAUCGUUCCCGGUUGAAAUGCACACGCUGACCGUGAUCAGCAACCUUACCGAGACUUCGAAACAUUUGACCAACUCUAUUCUACUCUCGCUGAAACAUGCGCUCAAAUCGUGCGUCAACUUGAUCUACUACAUGUUGCCGAAUUACGACGAUAAAGAUCUGGACAACGAGCUGAAGGAUAUCCUCAUUCCGAUGGUGUUUGAUCUGCGUUCGGAAUACCUGUACGACGUGGUCAACAAGUGUCUGGAGUCCCUGCUGGGUGGCGACAACAGCUCGGAGACGUACCAGCUGCUGGCCUACUCCAACAUCCUGCGCCACAGCUAUCAAUUCCUCAUUGAAUACACGGAACUCUCCGCCCAAGGACAGACGAUCAGCAUCGAGGAGACCGUCCUGCACAACAUUGUCAAGUUCUGGGAGUCGAUGCUGGACAAAUCCAUCGGACUGAAGGCCAUGCGAGAGUUCUUUUACGAAAGCAAGAAGGGCAACCUGGUUCAAAUUCUGCUCUCGUUCACCGGCACAAAUCUGUCGCAGAAAUACUCAACGAAAGUGAUGCAGUUUUUCGAAAAGUUGUUUGCCGCCUCCGAGAAGCUCGACGCCCAGUUCGAUGAAGAAGAGGUUUGCAGCUGCAUCAGCGAGCUCGCGGACGCGGACGCCAUCAAACUUAAGAACUGGCUCAGCCACAUUCUGCUUGGACCGCGAGGCGCCAGCCUCACAGCUGGCGGUUCGAACGCUUCCAGCAACGUCCCAACGCCGACCAACAUGGCAACGGUAUCGGCGAUACCCAGCAUCACCGACCAGUUGGCCGUUUCGGCCACCUCCGACAACAACACGGGGAACAACGCGUCGGUGACGGGCGCGGACGCGAUGGAGAUCGACUUUGAGUGCAUGCCCUGGCAGCGGGAAACGAGCCGCACCGGCAACGACAUCGUCGACGAAGCGCUCGAGAAGAACGGGAAGCUGCUGCAAACGCUGGUCAAGUACAUUGUCGCCGAGAAUCGGAUUGCGCCGUCCGUGUCGGAAGCCCUGUUCCAGGCGUUGAUCCAGAUCGGGCACAAUCUGCUCUGUCCGGCUCAGGAGGCGAUCGAAUUUGCUGACCUGCUGCAGGUGAUGAUUACGCUGGCCGACGCCGGGAAGGGUCGUGGCCACGCGAUGCUGUUUACUGCGGCGGUGGAUUGGUUGGAGAUUUCCAAGAACCAGGUCCUCGAGAACAAGGGUGGCAAGAAUGGAGCGAGAUCGUCCGUUCAGUUGGAAAACGUUACGGCAAUCUUGAAAUACAUGAGCGAUUUGCUGCUUGGACUGGGCGCCGGAGGAAGUCGCGCGGCCAACUCGCUGGACGAAGAGUCACCGCUGGAGGUGGAAGACAUCCUCGAUGAUCUGGGUGGUGACGAUGAGGACAGCGCGGUGGAGGACUCGGACGAGGACAGUCUCAGUAACAAGCUGUGCACGUUCUCAAUCACGCAGAAGGACUUUAUGAACCAGCACUGGUACUAUUGUCACACGUGCAAGAUGGUCGACGGCGUUGGCGUUUGCUCGGUUUGUGCUCGCGUGUGUCACAAGAACCACGACAUCAGCUACGCCAAGUAUGGGAACUUUUUCUGCGAUUGCGGCGCCAAGGAGGACGGAUCGUGCCAGGCACUGUCUCGCCGCAGCAACUCCGGACACGGCGAAGAUUCGAUACUUGGGUCGGCGUUGCCACGAUCCACCGACCCAGAUUCGGUGCUGCUGACGAGCUCACUCCGACGUCGUGCUUCGAGCCCAAGUAGCCAAAAUGCGAACCAAUCCGGGGGUGGUCAAAUGACGGAGAAGGAGCUACUGCUGACGAAGAUCAUCGAAAGCUCCAAGGACAUUCUGAGUAACCCGGAUCAGUGGAAAACCGUCGUACGAUGCAUUUUGACGUUCUUCAACGGACUGAUGCCGGCCAUUGCCGACCACUGCGCCAAGUACUCAACGGUCGGAUGUCACCUGCGGGCUCGUAACGCCCUGGAACGGCUCCACCAACCGGAAAAGUCGUACUCUUUCAGCGACCAGAUCAUGGUGGCCACGCUGGGAUCCCAGGAGGGAGCCUUCGAAAACGUCCGAAUGAACUUCUCGGGCGAGCAAGGUCAAACCAUCAAGCAGCUGCUGUCUUCGAACCUCGUCCGCCGCGUUGCCUUGUGCUGUCUGUCGUCGGUUCACGGAAAACGCCAACAGUUGGCCAUUUCACACGAGAAAGGAAAGGUCACCAUUCUGCAGCUGUCCGCGCUUCUGAAGCAAGCUGAUGCCGCCAAGAAGAAGCUCACCCUGACAAGACUUGCGUCGGCUCCAAUUCCCUGCACGGUUCUUUCGUUGGCAUCGAACCCGGCCAACGAAGAUUUCCUGGCCGUUUGUGGGCUGAAGGAGUGCCACAUUCUUACCUUUACCAGCACCGGUGCAACGAACGAACACAUCGUGCUGACUCCACAGCUUGAAACUGGAAACUUUAUCAAGCGAGCCAUCUGGUUGCCGUGCUCGCAAACGAAGCUCGCCCUGGUGACGGCUGAUUUCGUCAAGAUCUACGACUUGGCCGAGGACAGUUACAGCCCGCAGUACUACUUUUUGGUGCCCAGCGGAAAGAUCCGUGACUGUACGUUUGUGUACCAGGAGGACGCGUACUACAUGCUGAUUAUGUCCUCGCACGGAUACAUCUACACGCAACCGUUGAGUGACGAGAGUUUGGCCAAGCAUGGUCCGUUCUACGUUACAAGCACCCUCGAACUGGACCAUCCAUCGAUCACGGACGACAAUGGACAAAUCCUUGCCGGCGGAGUGUCCAUCUACUACUCGCACGUGCUCCAGAUGCUGUUCUUCAGCUACGUCGCCGGACGCAACUUUAUGGCUCCGUUGUCCAAUGUGAACCAGGGCGUCAAAUGUGUCAUCAAUCUGAUCUCAAACCCAGCUUCGAAGGUGUUUUCCAAAUCCACGACCCAGCCGCUCUGCCAGUGGACGGAAAUUCCUGGCCACCCAGGUCUCAUCUGCGCCAUGAUGCAGAACCUCAACAACCCGGUCAUCUUCAUGAUCAAACCGGACGGCUACGUUGCGCAGGAAAUCAAAGCGCAGAACGCCAAGGCCAAAAUCAUGGACAUGGUCGCGAUUCGUCAUUCGGUGUCCGGCGUGGAAAAAACGACCCUCAUCCUGCUCUGCGAAGACGGCAGUCUGCGAAUCUACGCGGCCCACCCGGAAAACACCGGCUACUGGCUCUCGCCGGAAAUUCAACCCAUCGGAAAUCAGUUCCAAACCGGAAGCUGCUCCAAGUCGCGCAAGUCUAAGAAAGCCAACAAGCAGAACGCCAACAACCCGGUCGGUGGCAAAGGUGGCGUCGCUUCUGCGCCGGCCUUCCCGAUUGAUUUCUUCGAGCAUUGCACGCUCAUGAACGAGGUCGAGUACGGCGGCAACGAUCUGCUGCAGAUUUACAACACCCAGCACCUGAAGCAUCGGUUGAACUCGACCGGACUGUACGUGACUUCAACGCGGGCCAACGGAUUUACGCUGGAUGUGAUGAACAACGAUGCAAACAUGGUCAUCACCGGCAUUCGCAUCUCCAUCGGCUCGCAGGACGUGGCCAAAUCGCCCCAAAAUGUCACCAUUCUCGGGAGGGUCAUUCCGACCGUGGCGACACGCGCCCGCUGGUUCGACAUUCCGCUAACCCGGGAGGAGAGCUUGCAAAGCGAUAAAAAGCUGAGCAUCCUGUUUGGUUCGUCGGUUGACGCGGAAAACGUCACCAUUCUGGACAGCAUCAAAGUGUACGGUAAAACCAAGGACGUGUUCGGUUGGCCCGAAGAGUCGGAAGAGGUGGGCACAUCGCAGCUGAACUCCGCAACGCAAACCCAGAAUGGACAGCUCGCUGGAUCGGUGACCAACGGAGAUGGCGGGGAUGGGAAUGGAUCGUCGGGAGCGCAGAUAACUCCGCUGGAUAAAAUGGUUUCGACGAUGCUGCAGGUACUCGAUAGUGGAGUUUCGUUGCUAGGUGGAGCUAACAGCGAAGAAAAUUGCAAGCAAACCGCAAUUGACGUGGCCACGAUGUUGAUUCUGCACCCGACGACCAACCUGGUUCAGCAGGAGGCACGCAGCGUACUGACCACCUGCCAUCCUAGCAAGGUAGCUUAUCACGCGUUUAAAGACAAGGAAAUCCUUGCGGAUAUCAACGCGCAGCUCAAGAAAAUGGCCGAUAACAAAGACUAUCGCAAGAUUGAUCCGGAAGCGUUCUACCGUGUGGUGCUGAUGACGCGAGGAAUCGCCAUCCAAAGACCGCAAGCGCUCACCAAGAUCUGCUCCGAGAACCAGUUCCCCAUUUUGCAACAGCUAAUGGAACUGAUGAAGGCUCUGUACCGCAUCACUCCAGCGUACGAAGAGCCGCUGGCGAUUGUGAAGCAGGGAUUGUCUCACGUUGAAGCCGUCGUCUACUCGCUGGUGGAGAUCAUAUACGCUUUUGCGCUGGCCGACAAUGAAAUGGUAGAACCGAUGACCAAGUUCUUCGUGGAGUUGUUACUCGACACCGCGCCCAUCAUCAGCCACAGCGCCAAGCAGGCAAUGAUUCGCUUGCUUCGUCCGAAAGUGCGUCGUCGCAAGGUUCUGAUCGAGAGUCCACCCGUUUGUUCGACACCAACUCCGUCGACUGUUGUGCCCAGCUUGGCCGGACCAUCGACCUCGAACGCAGCAGCUGCGUCCUCUUCAACUGGCGCUGUCGGUGGAUCUGCUUCGAACGAUGACUUUGCCGGUGCAAUACAGGAAGUGGACGCCAUUGAAUCGCUCGGAUUGGAACCGUCCGGAGGUAAUCAGGCACUUGCCUCAUUGGAAGCAUUGCUCGGCGUUGGCUUCCCACACCUGCUGGAAACGCCCGAUGCAGAUGAUGAAACCAUUAUGGAGAUUGCCAUCGCGUUGAGCCUGCAGGACAACGAAACUGAUCUGGCGGCGCUGCAGCAGAGUAUCGCUCAGUACCAAGGAAGAAAUCGUAACCAAGCCCCGGGACUGCCAGCGGCCAUCGCCGGCGGAUCGUCGUUCAAUGUAGAGUCAAACACCUCCGGUGGAGGUUCGGACGAUGACGAAAUAUCCAACGUGGCUACGGAAGGUUCAACACUGCGUACGAGUCCGGCUGGGGAGCAUGCCGGAAGUGGCAGCGGAGGAUCGGAAAGUGGUUGCAGCGGAGUCGAGAGUAUCGGAGGGACGUCGGGAAGAAGUUCAACGUACGAGGAGCAACCCAAUCCGUCACCUCCGAGGACGUCCGGUGUGGACCAGAUUCCACAGCCACAGCCGGUUGCUCCACCGGAAGCCGAGGAAGGCGCUGGAGAGAACGCGUGCAAACUCCACGUGCUACGCUAUUCAAUUCUGAACAAGCUGGUCGAAAACUUUGCCAUGUUGGACACCGUCAACGGAUCACAGUGCAUUCCCUUUAUGCAGGUGAUUUUGAUGUUGACCUCGGAUUUGGACGGAAGCCAGGAAGCCGACCAACAAGUGCUGGGUCGUAUGCUGCAGGCGUUGGUUGAUCGUUUGGAGAUUUCUGCGACUAAAACCUACCAGAUGUCGAAUCGAACGUCCAAAACUGAAGUUCAGCUGAUUAUCCUUCGGCUGGUUGGCGUUCUGAUGGGUAAGGUCAAGUCCAAAUCGUCCUCUUCGUCUUCGUCGGGAGGUGCGUCGAUGGUCAGCCAAGCAGUUCUGGACAACGCUAACUUUGUGGCCCAAGCAACGGCCAACGCCCUGAUGAAGAACAACGCAAUCCCGUACUGUCUGAUGAUCAUGGAGUCGUUCCUGCCGCACUGGAAGAAUGUGGCCAACAGCGAAGAGCUACCAGCCGUUGUCCCGAAUAACGCCAACGCCGGUCCAAAUGCUGGUCCAUUCAUCUCGGGUGGGGCACCGACCAACAGCCUGCUAAAGCCAACGCUAUACGGUCUGUCCCCAGAUAUGCAGCCCUUCUUCGCUCGGCAGUACGUGAAAGGAUGCACGGACGUGUUUGAGCUGUACCCACAGGUUCUCACCGAAAUGGCCGUCCGCCUGCCGUACCAGGUGCUGAAGUUGUCGUCGGGACACCCGUCCUCUCACGAGUGGUACCAUUCGCUGUGUGAGUUCAUGACCAACACCCUGUGCGAGUACAUGAUGUACAUGCAAUCGCCGGUUCUACGUCGACAAGUGCGCAAACUGCUGCUGUACAUCUGUGGUAACAAGGAAAAGUACCGCCAGCUGCGUGAUCUUCACUCGCUCGAUACACACAUGAAGGCGGUCAAAAAGUGCUGCGAUGGGAAUGCCGCACCCCAAAUUCCGGCCAUCGGAUCCAGUACGAGCGCACUGCUCAGCUAUGACUCGCUGGUUGAGCUGACGGAACAUUUCCGAGCAUGUCAGGAGAUUGCAUCGAUCCGUACGGGAAAUUGGCAAAAGUUCUGCGUCCGAAAUCCGGACAUCCUUUCCUCGUUGCUGAACAUCAGCUGCAACCAGCUGGAGGAAGGCGUUUCGUCGAUUAUUCUACAACUGCUCCAGUCGGCAAUCUGCAACACACAAGGCAUAAGAGGACCGGACGCGUCCAACUCUGGCAGUGUCAAGAUUUCCGUCCUGAAGGAACGCAAGGAUCGCGACAAAUCGGAGGAAUCGGACACCGCGACCGAAUCCAAGUUUGACUCGGCACAGUGCAUUGCACUCGUUACGCAGAUCUUUAACCAGGUGUCGCUGCAAAACCUGACCAAGUUCAUCCGCAGCUUCCUGCUGGAAACCAACUCCACCGCCAUCCGUUGGCAAGCUCACAGCCUGGUGUACGCGUUCUACGAGAGCAGCAACGAGGCAAACAAGGAACUGCUGCUUCAGUGUUUGUGGGGUCUGUGGCCAUUGCUGCCAGCGUACGGAAAGCGAACCGCCCAGUUUGUCGAUUUGCUUGGAUUCCUCACGCUCAACACCAAAUCGCUGAGCGACAAACUGCCCGAUUACACUGCCCAAGCGGUGUCGGUUCUGCGCCAACAAAACGAGCUACUCUCGAAGCAUCCGAAUGCUCCGAUUUAUACCGCCCUGGGACACGUGCUGGAGCUGGAAGGAUUCUACCUCGAGUCGGAACCUUGCUUGGUGUGUAACAAUCCGGAGCUACCCUAUUCAAACAUCAAACUCUCGACCAUUAAGGUCGACUCCAAGUUCACGACGACCACCACCAUCGUCAAGCUGGUCCAGAGUCACACCAUUUCGAAGAUCAUCCUGCGCAUCGCCGACCUCAAGCGAGCCAAAAUGGUGCGCACCAUCAACAUCUACUACAACAACCGCACAGUCCAAGCCGUAGUUGAGCUGAAGAACCGCCCCUCGAUGUGGCACAAGGCGCGCAAGGUCACCCUGCAGUCCGGCCAAACCGAUGUCAAGAUUGACUUUUCGCUGCCGAUUACGGCGUGCAACUUGAUGAUUGAGUACGCCGACUUUUACGAAACGGUCAGCGGAUCGAGCGAAAGUCUGCAGUGUCCUCGGUGCAGCGCCGUAGUCGCGGCCAACCCGGGAGUUUGCGGAAACUGCGGCGAGAACGUGUUCCAAUGCCACAAGUGCAGAGCGAUCAACUACGACGAAAAGGAUCCGUUUUUGUGUCACUCGUGCGGUUACUGCAAGUACGCUAAAUUUGAGCUGAGCAUCUUUGGGCGAGCCUGUUGCGCGGUUGACCCCAUUGAAAGCGCCGAAGAUCGGGCCAAAACGGUGCAGACCAUUCACGCCUCGCUUGAGAAGGCGGACCGAUCUUACAAGACGCUGCAGAACAACAAGCAGAUUCUGGAGCUGCUCGUGCAGAAGGUGGCCGAGCAUAAGCUGGACCGUACGCUGGAUGAAACGCUGAUUGGAGCGGUUGUUGGGUCUUCGCAGGUCAACAAGGUGAUACAGUUGUUGGCCCAAAAGUACUGCGUCGAGUCCAAGUCGACGUUCGAAGAGCUGAGCAAGAUUAUCCAGAAGGUUCAAGCUUGUCGAAGAGAACUCGUCGCCUACGAUCGCAGCCAGAUGGACUCCCCGGUUGGUGGAACGCUGACCCUUGGAGCGUCUUCGGAGCGGGCCGUUGCUCUGAACAAGUGCUACGGAUGUGCGCUGGCCUCUACGGAACAGUGUUUGACUCUGCUGCGCGCGAUGGCAUCGAACAUGCCGUGCCGCGUCGGACUGUGCAACCAGGGCUUGGUGCAGGAACUGGCGCUGAACAAUCUUCGCCGUGGAACGAACCAAAUUCAGGACGAAGUCCGUCAGCUGCUCUGCCUGUUGACGCGGGAUUUGCCGGACGCAACUUUGGAUCUGUGCCAGCUGCUGCAGGAUCGCGUCAAGAUGGCUCUCAGUGGAACCGUUCCGCUGGCCAACCUGGAUUCUGCGGUGCGUCAUGAGAUGGGUCUGCUGGAAGCGAUGACCGCCCAGGACGAUUCCUGCUGGGAGCUGAAGCUGAAGACCGUCAUUGAAUUGUUCCUGCAGGCGUCGAGAGACGUCCGUGGUCCGGCAGUUGCCGUAAUUCAACCCUGUUUGCGCAUCGUCCAAUCGCUCAUGUGUCCACCGCUGCCGACGAGCAAGGCCAACAAGGAUCUUACCACGCAGGAACUGUGCACCGUUCAGCCGACGGAGGGACUCACCAUCAGCUACGAAAAGUGGAUAGGCGGCGAUCCAAACCACUCGUUCGCGUCCUGGAAGGAACGCAUGCCACCGAUUACCGGCACGGCAACUCCGCGCGCCGAAGACAGCACCAUCCAGCUGGCGCAAACGGCAACUGCCUCAGGCCGCGGCGCUGGUUUGCCGACCACUCCGAUCAGCACUUUCCGGUCGGCGCUCGAGCAGAAACGAAGCCAGUUCAGAAACGCAUAUUUGUACGAAAAGUACGGCAGACGCUGGCGGCAGAAGGUCCUGGGCAAGGGUGUGAACGCGGUUCCGCUGGAGUUGACGGCCGCUUGGUUGCAACCGGUGCUGUUCAAUACCAACUCGCGGCUGGGUCGUCAGCUGGCGUGCGCUUUGGUUACAUCGUUGAGUCGGACGCCUGAACGUAAGCGAGAGAUUUUGGACCUGCUAACCAGUUUUCUGAAGCACAUUGGUGAAAGUGGUGAAGCCAGCGCAGAGUUUAUCGCUCUCUAUCGUAUUUUGGCGGACGAGACCCCGUGGCGACAGUAUCUGGCCUUGAAGGGAGUUCUCUCGUUGAUCGCCGACCUGUUGACUGUUGAAAUUGAAAAGAUUCAUCGUCUGGAAGAAACGACCCUUUCCUCGGAUUUGGCACAAGGCUACGCGUUGAAGCAGCUCGUCGAGUUGAUGGCCAUGUUUUUGGACAAUCCACCGAUCCGGAAGGCGUUCAAGGGCAAACUGCUCGGCUCGGUACUCCAAGGAUAUCUCAAUCUGCGCAAGCUUGUGGUUCAACGGACUCGCCUCAUCGACGAUGCGCAGGAGAAGCUGUUGGAGAUGUUGGAGGAGAUGACCACCGGAACGGAGGAGGAAACGGCGGCCUUCAUGGCGGUUUGCAUCGAUACCGUACGCAAGACUUCGACGACGGACGUCAAGACUCCGGUGUUUAUGUUUGAACGUCUGUGCUCGAUAAUUCACCCGGAGGAGAAUGACGUCGGGGAGUUCUUCCUGACGCUGGAGAAGGACCCGCAGCAGGAAGACUUUUUGCAGGGCCGUAUGUUGGGCAAUCCGUAUCCUUCGAACGAGGCCGGGUUGGGUCCGUUGAUGCGAGAUGUGAAGAACAAGAUUUGCAUCGACUGCGAACUGGUAGCUUUGCUGGACGACGACAACGGAAUGGAACUACUGGUGCAUAACAAAAUCAUCAGUUUGGAUCUGCCCGUCAAGGAGGUUUACAAGAAGGUUUGGCUGCAGGAAGGUGGCGAACGCGAUGCCAUGCGUAUUGUUUACCGCAUGCGGGGUCUGUUGGGAGAUGCCACGGAAGAGUUUAUCGAAACGCUCAACGCCAAGAGUCAGGAAGAGGUGGACAACGAGCAGCUGUACCGUAUGGCGAACGUGCUAGCGGACUGUGAUGGACUCAAGGUGAUGCUCGAUCGAAUCGGAAGUCUGCAGAACGUAUCGAGGUCUAGAACUCUGUUGCAAGUGCUGCUGAAGCUGUUCCUGCUGAGCGUAAAAGUGCGUCGCUGCCAGGAGGUGCUGUGCCAGCCUGAACUCGGCGCCAUCAACACCCUGCUCAAGGUACUGCAACUCUGUCUGCAAAGCGAAAACGACGCACAGCAAUCCGUUGUGACGGAGAAGUUGCUCGAAAUCAUGGAGACGAUUCUGUCCAAGGCCGCUUCCGACACGCUGGACUCUUUCCUGCAAUUUUCGCUUACCUUCGGUGGACCCGAGUACGUUCAGGCGCUUCUAUCCUGUACAAACUGCGCGAACGUACGUAACAAUCCGUCGGUUCUGCGCCACCUGAUUCGUGUGCUGGCCGCACUCGUGUACGGCAACGACAUCAAAAUGGCACUGCUGUGCGAGCACUUCAAGGAGGUGUUUGAUUUCGACAAAUUCGACGCGGACCGCACCCCGGAGGACGAGUUCAAGCUGGAGCUGUUUUGUGUCCUGACCACCGGAAUCGAGCACAACUCAAUCGGAGGUAUUCUGAAGGACUACAUCAUGAGUCUGGGCAUUGUGGACAAAGCACUGGGUUACAUCGUAAAUCACGCUCCGUGUGUCAAACCGACCCUGCUACGAACCGAUUCGGACGAGUUGAAGGAGUUUAUCUCGCGAGCCUCUCUGAAGUACAUCCUGCGGGCGCUAACCGGACUGGCAACGAAGCAUGAGGCAACCCAGCUGGCCGUCGCCAAGGACAUCAUUCCCAUCAUCCAUCGGUUGGAGCAGGUGUCCAGCGAUGAGCACGUCGGAUCGUUGGCGGAGAAUUUGCUUGAAGCGCUGUGCACCGAACCGGCCACCGCAAAACGUGUCCAGGAAGUGCGUGACUUUACACGUGCCGAGAAGAAACGGCUCGCGAUGGCAACCCGCGAAAAGCAACUGGACGCGCUAGGAAUGAGAACCAACGAAAAGGGUCAAGUUACGGCCAAGGGCUCAAUCCUGUCGCAAAUCGAGAAGCUUCGUGAAGAAACGGGACUUGCAUGCUUCAUCUGCCGCGAAGGUUACGCCUGCCAGCCGAACAAGGUGCUGGGAAUCUACACCUUUACCAAGCGAGCCAACGUCGAGGACUUUGAGAUGAAGCCGAAGAAAACCGUGGGCUACACGACGGUCACGCACUUUAACAUCGUACACGUGGACUGCCACAUGUCGGCCAUCCGGCUCGCCAGAAGUCGCGACGAGUGGGAGAGCGCCUCGCUGCAGAACGCCAACACUCGCUGCAACGGGCUGCUUCCGCUGUGGGGACCGGACGUGAGCGAAUCUUCGUUCUCGUCGUGCAUGGCUCGCCACAACAACUACAUGCAAGAGUCAACCCAGCGGUGCGAAAUAACGUUCUGCAGUUCUAUUCACGAUUUGAAGCUGCUCUUGGUGCGCUUUGCCCAGGAAAAGAGUUUCCACGAGGACGCCGGCGGCGGUGGACCACAAUCCAACAUGCACCUGGUGCCGUACCUGCUGUUCUACAGUCUGUACACCCUGCUGUCGUCUCGUUCGUACUCGCGCGAAGAAAUGCUUCUGAGCUCUUACCUAACCCACAAACCGUCGGAGCGUUGGCUCGAGUGCGCGUACGAAGCCGAUGGUCCGUUCUACCUGAUAGCCAUGUCACUGGCCCUGCACACCCCAGGUAUUUGGAACCGCAACAGGUUGGCCCACCUCAAGCGACUGAUCGUGAUCGCCCACGCGCGCCACGUGAGCCCCAACUCCAUCUGCAAGUUUAUCGCCCCGGCCGACAAGUCCCAAAAGGACUACAGCGUGUACAAGCCGUACCUGCUGAUGUGGGCGCUGGUCGAUUUGAUCUACAAAAACUUCUUCCGCACCGUCACCACGCCCAAGGACGAGGACUGGCCGAUUUCGCUGUUUGACUACAUCCGCCGCAACGACGAAUCGAUGCUGAAGCACGCGGACAGCACGCUGGAGACGUUCUCCGACGAGUUUGUGCCGUGCACGUCGUUUGCCGAGUUCUGCGAUGUCGCCGGACUGCUCGGAGAUAUUGAAAAUCCGGACGGAUGGCUGGACGAGCUGUUGCAGGCGUUGCCCUCGCCGGGAUCGUCCGCCGCCGGUGGGUCUUCAUCGGCCUCCGGUAGCGGCCCGUCGUCGACGAGCGCUUGAGUUUGGUACGAACGGUCACCGGCCAUUGGUGACGAUGACGAUGAUUGGUGAUGGUAAAUUGAAGUUCUGCGUACAUUAUAUACUAUCCACGAUAUGCAAUUAUUUAACCCAAAAUGUCAAACUGUUUGAAAUAUGAAAUACAUUUGAUAGAGUUGGCAGUGAUUUAGUAAUAUUCUCAAAUAUAAACAUUAAAACAGUAACAGAAUACUGAAAAUAAUAGCCGAUGCACGCCCUAUAAUAUGAGUGUUUAAUCAAUUCACGUUCUUAUCAAAAAUAAAAAUAAAGCAGCAAUUUAAAAAAUCUUAAA